CACGAAUCACGAAUUCGGGUCGUCGAACAUUGGCGACUAAUAUAAACAUCAAACGCACGUGCUCCACAAAAUGUAAAUUUUGACUAAAUGGAACCCAAAAUUAAUUUCAAAGGAGGCGGCUCCUUUGUAAAUAAACCGCCAAAGUUCUCCCUAGACGGCUGUACAAUUUAUGUGGCUUGGAAAAACACCAUCGUGUCGUACAACACAAAGACUGCGAAACGUUUAAAGUCGUUCAAGGGGUUGCGCGAUUCCGUGGCCGACUUCUGCGUGCACCACUUCAAAAAUGUGGAGGUCGUCACGGCCUGCUCGGUACGAGGCGAGCUGAUAUCUUGGAAAGCCGAUGUGGGACUUCGCCUUCUAAAGCAGCGCCUUCCCAACGACGCCCAAAUCGAGUCGUUUCAAUUCGUCGAUCAAAUCAGCGACGGGACACACUGCAGGUUUCUAGUUUCGUGGUUGUCGAACAAAUCCAUACGCUUCGGUUUGUUUAAUACGGAAAACCACGAACUUCGUAAUGUUCAAGUGAAGCUUAAGGUCGGCAGUAAGUACGAUGUUUCGGUCUCGAGCGAUGCACAUUCCCAGUCGCCCUUCAUGGCGGCCACUUGCGGCAACCAGUUGUAUUACACCAAGUUUCUCAAUGGACGAAUCUAUGAAUAUCACAUCCAAAAGCCAAAGUACUUCACGUGCGUGGCCUGUAGUCCUGUCGAGGAAUGCAUAAUUACAGGUGACAGCGCCGGCAUGAUAAUAUUGUGGUACGGUCUGGAAAGCAAGCAGCCGUCUCGAGCCGUUUACCAUUGGCACACCCUUCCCGUGCAAUGCCUCAGUUUCACCCAUUACGGUUCGACCUUUUUCAGUGGCGGAGGCGAGAAUGUCUUAGUUAAGUGGUACAUGGACAAUUCGCACGAGAAACAGUUUUUGCCCCGUCUACCCUCGACGCUUGAGCAUGUCACCGUUUCCGCCGAUAACCAGUUUAUCGCCGUCGCCACCGCCGAUAAUGCGAUUCAAGUUUUGGACUCGACAAUGCACAUCGUUAGCGUCGUUCAGCAUUUGGCGUUGGGGACGAGGUUUUCCGGCGGCAUCGCGUACGAUCACAGGACGAAGGCGAUGAUUUUAAAUGGAAUUACGGGGCAUGUACAGUUUUACUCGCCGUAUGAUAUGAAUUUGCUUUAUAAUUUAGACAUCGUAAAUCAAAAUAAAUUGAGCCAGGAGCAAAACGUGGUAAUCGAAAAUACGAACGUUACAAAAUUCGCCGUGAGCAGCCAGGGGUUGUGGUUGGCGACCGCGGAAGAACGACCCGACGACAAGUACAGCUUCGAGCUUCGCCUAAAAUUUUGGUGCUUCAACAGUGUGAAACAGCAAUUCGAGUUGAAUACGUCAAUCGAGUUUCCGCACGAGGCGAGUAUUACGGAAAUACUUUUUCAGCCGAAUGACGGUGAUGCUUUGAAGUGCGUGACGAUUGGCAGGGAUAAGAAAUUUAAAGUGUGGGAAAUACUGGAGGUGGAUUCUAUUGGAAAAGAAGAAAAGGCGUGGAACUGUGCGCGCGUCGGCUUCUACCGUAACUUUGACUGCGAAGCCGUAGCGUUUUCGUCGGACGGUUCGCUUCUGAGCGUUGGAUUCGGCCCAGUACUGACGACGUGGCUGCCCGAAACCUGCGAACUGAAGUGUUCGCUCGUACAUCCUAACAAUCGAUCGAACAUCACCGCUUUGCAAUUUGGCGUACACAACGAGUGCCAUCUAGUGGUAACGGCCACGCGAACGGACCUCAGCGUGUGGAAUCUACUUUCGCUCUGCAUGGUUUGGACCGUUCCGCUGCAGGUUUCGUUGUUGAUACCGAAUCCGACUGACUUGCACAUGGCUGUCUUCACGACGGAUAGGAAAUUAUUCAUCUUCUAUCCUGGUUCAUCCAAACCGUUACACACUCAAUCGGUAGAAGAAAACGUGGUAGCCGCCGUGUUUAUUCCAAGUAAUUCCCAAAAGUCGUUAUUGAGCUGGUGCCGAACAUCACAAUUAUUUUUCCUCACCGAUAAACAAGAAAUAUUUUGCCUCGGAACCGACAGUGACGAAAAUGAGGCAUUGGAUCUUUACAUCGAUAAUGUUAGCACCAGCAUGUUUAGUCAUAUGCAACCAAUCAGUCAGUCGUCUACCGUUACCAAGUCGAAGCCGAUUGUGCACCUAACCGACUUGUCGUGUAAAAAUCAGCAGCUGAAAAAGAUGCUCGAUGGACCGGUGCACACGAUGGUUCCAAUUCGAUUCACCUGCGAACAUGUGCUAAAAUCGUUUAUUUUAGAACGGACUGUUUCCUCUUAAUUUGUUCAUGUUAAUAGAUCGUUAUGAGAUGUA